AUGGAGCCACUAACACGGAUAAAUACUGAUGAAGAUCAUAAUCAAAAGAAGCAACAUGGUUUCAAUUUUGAUCAUGUGAUGCUGGACGAGUUCAACUUUGAACCUGUUCAGCUACCAAAGCAGUCUUCUUUUAAAGAAACUAAGGGACCAAAGGAUAAACAAGUGCUGCCAUCUGCUUUAGCAUCACUGGAGCUCCUGAGCAAUUAUGGAAGCAGGAUCAAGAGGCUAGGGAAGCAAAACAUCAGCGAUAGUGUGGAAACUUGCCACUCUACACAAUGGCAUGAUGAUAUUUACAUCCCCAUGCACCCUUAUGGAAUUGGUCUUGGAGUUUUAUCCGAGGAAGAUAAUAGAGACGUGGAACUCGCACAGUUUCUUCUGGCAGCUGCUGAGAGGGUAUGGUGCCAAAAAUUUGAACGUGCCAGCAUGUUACUUUUCCAUUUUCACUGGAACUCUUCAGGUGGUAGUGGUGGAAGCCCCGUUAAGAGAGUUGUCUUUCAUCUCGCUCAAGCACUUCUAGAGAGAAUCAAAAGAGAAACGGGACGAAAAGUGACACUGAACAAGUGUGAUAAAUACGAGGAAAGGGAAAUGAUUGAGAAGCUAACAUGGGAUACUAACAUGGCUAUUACAUGCCAUAAGAAAAUUCCUUUCAAUCAAGUAAUGCAGUUAGCUGGGGUCCAAUCUAUAGUGGAACACGUGGCAUUUCAAACCAGAAUCCAUCUCAUAAACCUUGAUAUUGGAUGUGGGGUGCAAUGCACGACUUUGAUGCAAGCACUGGCUGAGAGGGAUGAAAGGCAGGUUGAGCUUCUGAAGAUAACUGCCAUUGGACUUCAAGUUUUUGUCACAAGCAUCACAAAGAUCAAGGUUGAGCAAUUUGGAAUUGAAGAUAAUGAAGCUGUGGCUGUUUAUUUUCCUUAUAUGCUGAGGACUAUGGUGUCGGAUUCUGACUCCAUGGAACACUUGAUGAGGGUGAUAAGCAAAAUCAGACCAACUAUAAUGAUAGUGCUUGAGUUGGAAGCAAAGCAUAAUUCACCGUCCUUUGUGAACCGCUUCAUUGAAGCAUUGUUCUAUUAUGCGGCAUAUUUUGAUUGCAUUGACUCCUGCAUGAAUCAGGAUUAUGAGUGCAGAACGAGAAUAGAGAGAAUAUUAUCAGAAGGGAUACGAAACAUUGUUGCUAUGGAAGAUGGAGAAAAGAAGGGUUAG